CACAAAGACGUUUACGAGAAUUGAAAAGCAGGAUAUCAGCACAAUCGAAAAAAAAUUUCGUUCUGGAACGAGAUGUUCGAUAUUUGGACUCUCGAAUAGCGUUAUUAAUUCAAAAUCGCAUGGCAUUAGAUGAGAAACAGGAAGUGGAAAGUCAUCUUGAAGACUUAGAGCCAACAGAUGGAAUUUUUCCAGAUGAUCGUAAAUUACAACAAUAUGGAAAUUUAUUUUUUCUCCUUCAGACGGAACCGCGUCACAUUGCUAAUCUAUGUCGCCAUGUUAGUCUUACCGAAAUCGAUACCUUAUUACAGACGGUAAUGUUUACGCUGUAUGGGAAUCAAUAUGAGAGUAGAGAAGAGCAUUUACUAUUGACGAUGUUUCAGGUUUAUGAACAAAUGAUAAAAAAAUAUGAAGAAGAAAAUAAACCAUUACCUGAGGAUCUUCCUCGCAGUGUAACGUCAGAAGUUGCUGCUGCGAAUCCCGAUGUACAGGCUAUUAUAGCUCCACGAAUAAAAAUGUUAAUGGAGAUUGCAAAUUCUUUCCUUCAAACAAUAAUGGAUUCUAUCGAACAAACUCCUUAUGGUAUACGAUGGAUUUGCAAGCAAAUUCGGUCGUUAACAAAAAUUGCAAAAGUAUUGCAAAAUCUUGUAAACAAACCAACUUAUUUGAAAGAAGAAUACAUGAUUAUGUUAAAUCCCUUUGUUGAAAGUAAUAAACAAAGACUAAAUAAGUUUUUAUUGGAACUAUGUGAGGUUGGCGAUUUUUAUGAGAGCUUAGAGGCUGCUUCAGAAAAAAGUCACUUACGAAUACUUUUGGAAGAAGUAGGUCCAGCUCCACCUCAGGUUUCUAGGAAAGAAAAUAAGACAGUAGAACUUCCUCUUUUCAGUCGAUGGGAAACUCCUAUACAAGACAUUGCCACAGCUCUUUUGUAUGAUAAUAGUGUAACACAAAAUGAUAUUUUAUACAUGGAAACUAAAUCUAUAUUUGUGCAAAUUAUUCGUUCCAUUCCAAAAAUGACUGAACAGCGAUCAAUAAAUCUUCUUCAGAUUGCAGAGACAGCAGCAACUAGCAAGGAUGCUACAUUGGUUCGUAAAGGUAUCAAAGUAAAAGAAAUGCUUCGUGAGCUUGAAGAUGCCUCUGUCAUAGAUCCUAAAGAUGGGUAUCGACUAAUGACAGAAGAAGUCACCCAAGAAUUAGCACAUCUUGGUAAUUUACGUGAAAAAGUCACUAAUGAGAUUCAAUCACUUGAAUCUGUAUAUAAGACUAUAUGUGAUCAUAAUAAUUAUCUUCGAAGUCAGCUAGAUAGUUAUAAAGCUUAUCUACAAAAUGUUAGACAACAAACAGUAAAAGAUAGUGCUGGUGGUUUUGGAUCAAGCAUUAUUAAAGUAGGAGAUAAAGAAAAGAAACCUGCAAAACACAAAGCUUUGGGACCAUAUAAAUUCACGCAUGCUCAAUUAGAGAAAGAUGGGAUCAUUGUGGAAAGCAAUGUUCCAGAGAAUCGACGGCAGAAUAUUUUCUUCAUUAUCACUUCACCAAUGCCGGGUACAUUCAUUAUCGCACUUCAUUACAAAGGGCGUGACGCUGCCAUUCUAGAAAUGGAUCUCAAGUUAGACGAUCUACUAGAAAAGGUAGCAUUUUCUAUAUUAACAAUUGACGAUGCUUAA